CACGUGUUUCGCUUGUUGACAAACGCAAGCGAAGCGCGCACGAGCGUCGCAUCGUAGUGGUUGACGCUUCGCGUUGUGCGACGCGCCUUUUUUAGAAGCCAUCGGCUACUUCGACGUGUCCGAACUCUCCCGAGAAUGAGUGUUACUUUCGCGCGCAAAAGUAGCAGACAAAUUUGAUGUUCUGCUGCCCGUCGACGCUGUCAUGGUACCCGCCGGGCUGCGUGUUCCACAGACCGGGUGUUCACGAAUCCUCUGCAGUGACCAGUACGUCAUGCCCGACCUGUCGACGUGCAGGGACUCGCACCUCGCGGCCCUCUUGUUCCUGAGCCGCGCGGCGAAGCCGUACGACGCCACGGCGGUGCUAGCCGGUAUCGAACGCCUCGUGGAUCCUGCGCGCCUAAGCAUUAUGGGGCCGUACGACUGCGAUCACAUCUGGUUGCUCAGGUUUACGGACGCCGAAGCUCGCGACAAAGUCGUCGGUGCGUCGGACCUCGAGUGCGCCGGUCACCCCGCUUUCUGCGUCGAGCCGCAGCCCGAACAUUCGCUUCACCGCGGACGCUGCGUCGGCGGAGCUCUGGGCUGGCUAUGUGGCGCAACUCAUCCAGACUACUGGCUCCGGAUAUUAGAUGUGUCGUUUCCUCCUGAAGAUGCCAAGUGCCUGCUUUCAAGAUCCUAUACCUGGGAGUGUGAUGUUGUGGGGCCGCGUUACGAGGAGUCGGACCUGGGCACGGAAGGAGACAAUGUCGAGGACGAAGAGGAGUUUGAGAAGCGGCAGCUCCUGGAGCAGGAAGCAGCUCUCAUGGCCGAGAUGGGCCUCCCGGUGUCCUUCACGUCUGCCAAGCGUGACAGUGGCAAGAAAAGGGGUGAUGCCUGUGCAGAAAACGAAGAGCUGCUGUGUUGUGACGCGCCUGAAGAUCAGAGCUUGCCAGCAACUAUGGACGAUUGGCAGAACUUUUGGGAGAAGAACGGAGACAACCUCGUGUGGCAGUCCUGGGUGCAGCGCUACAGCGAGUACAUCUCUCCAGAGUACCUGGAAAGCCAUGCCGCUUCUGCAGAUGGCCAAAUGCCUUCCGCUACGGGAGAUAAUGCCGUGGCGCUGCCAGAUGGUGUGGACAAGAGAGGACAGCCAAAAGACGAUGCUUCUUCAGCGCCCUCUACAGACCAGCCUGCCGGAGGUUCUGCUCAGGUGGAAAAUGAGAGACUCAGUGGAGGUAUUUGUCUUGCUGAGAACUCCGUGGCCUCAACAUUGCCUUCUGGCCAGGGUGACCAGUCUUGCAACAACGGCAUCUGCAGUACCACCAUUGAAGGUGUGCAAGACGACUGUAAACAGCUUCUUGGGUGUGGCCAAGUUGGCGACACGCUGCACAGAGAACAAGAAGAAGACGAUGACGGAAGUGCAGCUGCCGGUGCUCGGAAGUCCGACGACGAUCUGUGGAAGGAAGUCUGGGAGGAGCAUUACCUUGAGGUGUACAACCAUUACUACAGCAUGUUUGGCCACGACGGUGAGGUGGACGGUUGCAUCCAGCAUUCAGAGCCAACGAAUGCGGACCCCACUCCUGCAGAUACAGAGCAGACGAACUUGGCUACAUCGGAACAGACGAUUGCUGUCGAGUGCCAGUCAGAGGCGAUAAAUGACACUCUGGUGCCUGAUAGUUGUGCCAACAAUCAGAACAGUGCUACAGAUACCUGUAAUGCAGCUGAUUGUGGAAGUGUGAAUCGUCAAAAGGAUGAGCAGGGUAGAAACUGUAGCGUUACGGAGCAAAUGUGCGCCGACUCAGUUGUGAAAGGCGACAGUGAAGUCGACAAGGAAGAGAUUGUCUUGCUCGAGGACGAGUGCGACGUGAAGCUGAUGAAACAGAUGGGCCUGCCUGUGCAGUUUGCAUCGGCUGGCAAACAGAAGAAGCCGAAGAAGAGCAAAAAAUGCACUUCCAAGCGAUCCCCGAAAGUUAAAGGCAACGAAAUACCCAGUUGGGAUGAAUACUGGCUUUGCAAUGGCAGCCGCCUUCUGUGGGACACCUGGACAGAAACCUACCCUGAAUUUUUAGAACCCUUGUUCCUGGCGUCGGUGAAACUCGACCGGACAUUGCCGAAUGCGGACGAGUGCCUUCGAAGGUGCCCUGUUGGAGGGGACGACCUCCCGGUGUCACUGCAUCGAGAUGAUUCUAAACUGCCAAAAGACGCAAGCCUUUGGCAGAAGCUGUGGAACGCCCACUGUGACCGCGUGUGUGGACUUGAAUUUCAAAAGUACCAGCAAGUUGUCUACGAAGAACCUUCCGAAGCCAAAGAAGAGAGCGAAAGGCAUAAUAAAGACGAAGUGGUCGUUGAAAGUGCCGAAAUUGAGGCCGUAGGUGAAAGAAGAAUUGAUGAAGUGACUGUGGAGAGUGUUCAGAACUCCGUGUUGGUGCAACAACACAAUGGACAGGACUCUGAUGGCGUCAGGCAGUGUCCGUCAGGUUCCCAGGAGGGCGAUCAUGGCAGUCCGUCAGGCUCAUGCAAAACGAAAGGCUCAAGUACGGAGGGCGCGUCUGGUUCUUCCGACAGUGCUUGCUCUAGGGGAAGUGGGGGUGGCAGCAAAAACAUUCAAAAUGGCAAUGGCGAUGAUGACGGAGACGACCCUCCAGACGAGAGGCCAGUGAAGAUAAAGAAGAGUCACGAAGAGGACGUAAACUCUGAUGAAGAUGACGCAUUCAAAGCCCUCAUAUCUUACGGACUGUCUCUGAAGGAAAGCCUGAAGGGAAUCAAGCUGGGUCCCGAAGGAGCCAAGUCCCACGUGGCGAACAAGAAAAAACGCAAGAAGUUACGUAAGCAGGGAGCCAGUCAGCAAGGCACGGUGGCACCGCAGCAACCACAAGAAGAGAUGAAAGAAUUGCUGGCCAUCAGCUCCUCUGGCGCAUCCACUAUGCCGAGCUACAUUCGGGACAACCCGCAGUUGAUCAAGUACUGGAUACAGCGGUACAGACUCUUCUCCAAGUUUGACCAAGGCAUUCAACUGGACGAAGAAUCCUGGUUCUCCGUGACACCCGAAGGCAUCGCCAAGCACAUAGCAAAGCGAUGCAAGGCGGACGUCGUCAUCGAUGCCUUUUGUGGUGCGGGAGGCAACAGCAUCCAGUUUGCCCUGGCGAGCCGCCGUGUGAUAGCUGUGGACAUCGACCCGGCGAAGGUGGAGUUGGCGCGGAACAAUGCGUCCGUGUAUGGCGUGGCGGACAAGAUUGAGUUUGUCGUUGCCGACUUCCUGGAGGCCGCUCCGCGACUGCGUGGUGAUGUGGUCUUCCUGAGCCUUCCUUGGGGAGGGCCCUCGUACCAGUGGAAAAAAUCUUUUGACCUGAAGGACAUGAAACCCGACUUUUACCAGACGUUUGCACUGAGCAAGAAAAUCAGCAACAACAUUGCACUGUUGGUCCCAAAGAACACAGAUGUUGACCAGCUUGUCCAACUGGCCGGUCCUGGAGGCAAGGUCGAGAUCGAGCAGAACCUGCUCCACAACAAGAUUAAGACCAUCACUGCCUACUUUGGCGAUCUUGUUGCACAGUGAGCCUGCGGUUCCCCUUUGCCAAUGCACCACAAAUGCUGUAGGGACGCACGCUCAUUACUGACCACCGCGACCCGUUCACUUGUCUGGGCAGUUGUAAAUAAAUGUGUCGGCUUUUACCGUUCACUCAUCAGUGAUCAAGGAUCACACGGAAAUGACCACUAGCUGCCUUGUCUUGUAUAACACUACAUCUGGUGUUUCAGUAUAAUUAUGUAUUUACUUUUAGUAUAGGAGAUACCACUGGGGCAUACAGUUGAAACGCCAUUUUGUGUUUUCAAGGUGACUGGUGGUCUUUUUAAGGAGGCAGACGGGGCUAUGCGGUAGAGAGUGCGAAAAGUGGCUGUGUUACUUGCACAUAUUUGUGUGUAAUUUUAAUAAAUGUAAAUGUUAUUAACAAAAAAAGUGUAUCUGUGUAUGCCAUGCAGUAAAGGUUAAUUUAAAAGAACAAUACGAGAGGGGACCCAAAAAUAACGGAGAUUUUUCAAGGUAAACAUUUUUAUUCACUUUUAUCCGGAAAACGAAUUAUUUGCUUUCAUAGUAGUCUCCUUGAGCUGCAAUGCACUUGUGAGUUUUUUUUGUUUUUUUUUUUACCCUGUUCGAUAGAUCCUAGGAGCUGUUAAUUUCUGAUGCUGUUUAGGGCCACCUGCGAAGCUACUUCUGCGAUUUGAAUGUCGUCGAAAGGCUACCCUUUAAAUUUUUUCAUCCUGGGACAUAAAAGAAAAAGUCACAGGGUGCCAGGUCUGGGCAUAGGGUGGGUGGGGAAUGACCGGCACACUCAGUACAUGCAUUGUGUGUGGCCAGCAUUGUCAUGUAAAGAGACAGCUCACCAAUCCGCCACAGAUCUGGUCGCUUCCUUCGCAUGUCCUCUCACAGGUGCCUUAAAACCCCUAGGUAAAUCUAUUCAUUAAACGUCUGUGAAGAUGGGAUGAACUCGCAAUGGACCAUGCCGUAGAUGUCGCAAAAGACGGAUCAGCAUUGUUUUGACGUUUGACUGAACUUGUCUUGCUUUUUUGGGUCAUGGUGAUCCAUGGGUCUUCACUGACUUGCGCCUGUGUGGUCGUAGCCGUAGCACACACUCCCAUCUCCUGUUACUUUCGACCGAAAAUCUGGGUCUGUCGUGGUCUCAUUUUUCAAGUCUUCAGUCAUCGACAGCCGAGUUUGUUUUUGUUCUCCUGUGAGCAGUCUGGGCAUUAAUUUUGCUGCAAUUCGCCUCAUCUGCAAUUCCUCAGUCAAAGUUCAUUGGCAUGCACCCUCAACUAAUGCCUGUCCUCUGAUAACUCUUCGAUUGCCAUUUAGCAAUCUUGGUUGAUCGUUUCAAGAAGCAAAUAAACAUUUUCAUCUGUCCAAUUGAUUGAAGGGUGACCUGAACUGAGGUUCAUGCUAAUUCUGCCAGUCCUUGAAUUAACGACGCAAGUCCUAGACUUUAGUACUGCUCAAGGCUUGUUCCUUGAAGGCUUCUUGAAGUAUGCCAUGCAUUUCCGUGAACGUUUUUCCCAAAGGAAAACAAAAUUUGAUGCAGACAUGCUGCUCCUUACGAUCACACAUCAUGGUUUCACAUACGCGUCGUGUUUCUCUUCAAAACAAAGUGAUCCAUGGAAUGAAUUGCUUCUAUGAUGGCAUCCAUCAAGGCACUGAAAGCAGAGGGCUAUAACUAGCUACAUUUAGUGGCAGGACAUGGAAGUACGUCCAUGAGAGGCGUGCAAGUUGGUUUCUUUUGUGUCCGCCUUUGUACAUACAAUAGUACAGAAUAACAGCAAAAACAAUAGCUUGAAACGGUAUGAGGAAUUCAUAUUUUAGUCUGUUCAAAACAUGCAAUAAAUAAAUGCAUCAAGUUCACUGCAGUGUUUGCUUCAAGAGGUGAGAAAAGACUAAAUUGAAAAAUAUUGUAUAUUGAAUGUCAGAUUACCAGCAUAAAAACCAAAUAAGGAACAUUGUGUUUAGUUUCCAUGAUUGUGUUGAAAUAAAGAGCUUCGGUCAUUUACAAAUACCUCAAGGAUCCAAUGAACCGAUAGCAACAGCAUUGCUGACUGGCAAUGUGAAAAGCCCGCUUCUCUAGCACCUGAUUUUUGUGUUGUUGAUCUACUGUGGAUAAUACUAAAAAGGUCAUGCAAGAAUCAGUGGCAGUGAGAUCCACAGAUGCACGAUAUCGCCCGAGGCAUUCUGGAUUAGUUUUUUCAGUUGCAGAGUUGAGAGAAUACACCAACUUGUCAUUUGCAGCUUAUGAACCAGGAAAGUACUGAUGCUAGAUGUGUUGUGUUACACAAAGUAUGGCUCACUGACAAGCUUUCCUUGUAGCUGCAACCUUGCUUGACAGUGCUCAUUUUUUUUAUGCCUCAUCACUAAGACUUCACUUAUACUGUAAUACCUCGACGACUCCUGUUCAGUUGGCCACAAAAGCUUACAGGACAUGAAAUCCACAACAAAUGUGAAUUACUCAUCUGUGAAGGCAUGGCGUUUCUAAUUUAGUGCAUCACUAUGUAGGUUACGGAGGCUCAGGACCAGGCGUUGCAGAAACUUUUUUUUUUUUUUUCGCAAGUCCCGUGCUUGUGCACUUUAAUGCUGGCUACGUCUUGUUUAGUCAUUGAUGGCAUUAUUUCUACAGACUUAGUGUACUGACGUUCAGGAUCGACAUACUCUAGUUCAGAAUAGCCAACUGUAGUUAAGUUUCUCUACGUUCUUACUGGGCAUUAAUGCUUGAUUCAUUGCUGAACACCUUAUGCCGUCAACCUCAGAGAUUUCCAGUGUAUGUCCUGUGUGGUCACUGAUGACAUUCAGCAGGCUGUUAUUGUGUUUAGCCCUUAGUUGUGUACUUGAAAAGGAUUUUCAAUGAGCUCAAACAUAGUUAUAUAAAUAUACUUACGCUCUUACAAGACCUUGAGGCUUGUAGCAUGGGUAUGCUUGAGAACGGAGCUAUGUGCUCCUCACAAUAUAUUUCUGAUGCAACAGAUGCUUUUGAAUCUUUAUUAAUCAGCUCAAGCAAAAUUUUCAAUUAGGGGCACUGUAGUAUGCAUAUUUUUAGCAUGAGGUGCAUAAGUUUAGCAAUGGGUAAAGAGCUAAAAAACACUUUUUUUUAUUCUUUGAGUAAGCUGUGACUUAUGUAUUGUUUUUUUUUUUUUUUUUUUUUUUCAUGUUACGCUCUUGUUAGCCCUUUAUGUACACUUCAGUGUUAAGAAAACACACUGGUUGUUUAGAAAUACCAUGACACAAACUUGGAUUUGUUGCGGUAAUGUCAAUAAAUAUUUAUUUCAUUGCUCAUUACAGAAAAAUAAAAGGAGAAUGUGUAAUGUAUAUCUUUUUUUUU